ACGCACCUGUGCGUACAUGAUUACAUCACACACUAGUUCAUAUCUGCCCCCAAAACUUCACAAAUUCCAUCUAAUCAAAUAUCACAUGGAGAAGGAAGAAUCACACCAUAAGCCUCAACACCCAUCUACAUGUUUGGCAGGUGUUUAAUCCUGUGCCAUUCGGUGUCUCUGUAACUUGGUCACAGCUUGGAAACAAAUGGCUCAGCAGGAAGGAGGUUGGCCUCUUGGAUUGCAGCCACUGAAUCUUAGGAUCGAUUUAGUCAGAAACGUUGACUUCUCUAGAUCUAAUUCCCUGAGCACUCUCAUCACUACCUCGUCCUACUCUUCCUCAUCGGAAUUGGACAGUACAGAGUCCGCAGGAUCCUUAUUCCGUGACCGUAGCAUCACCCUUGGUAGCCUCAUCGGUAUCACUGGCCUCCUCGAUCUGUCGAGCAGGUCGCUUCGCCGGCGGCGACCGGAGAACAGUUCGAGAAUUAAGAAGAAGAUCAACUGCGGCGACCACAAGGCAGCCAAGCAUUGGUUCUCCUCCCUGCUGUGCGCCAAACUAGCUCAGCUGGGCGGCGAGGUGGCCAGCUCUGCUCCCUCCCUCGGCCACCUUCUAGAGGCCGAGAGGAGGGCAGGCGAUGCUCAUCAGACUUCACGGCGGACCGGCAUCGCCAUUGCCUAUGAACUGGAAGGGCUGGCUCCUGGUAGACACUUUGGCUCGGAGCCAAAGUCCCUCUCCUCCGAUGGCCGCAUUCUUCCUCCUUCAUCAAACAGCUUUGCCCUGCUGUUUCCAUGCAUGAGUGAUCAGGUCGCUGAAUGAUCGUGGACUCUGUGAGUGCCAUUGGCUUUUCUUGGUCGCUGUUAAGACUUAAGAUGAUUGCUUCUCAUGUUCCCUUCUCAAUUAGGUUUUAUUAAAUUGUUCUUCUCUUAUCUAUUCGAUGAACUUACAUGUUAUUUAUGACACGUGGUGAUGUA